ACAUUUGAACAAAAGAUAUGAAGGAAUGAGAUCAUCAAGAGAUUUAACAACUAAUUAAUCCACCAGUGCAAAGGCUUCAGAUCUGCUGGGAUGUGAGCUCUCCUCGGAGUUCUGAACCGGUUUGUUAAUGGAUCGCUUUGUAAAAACACAGAUUUUAAUAAGAAAGACAAACUAUAAACAGUAGCAUGAAUGAGGGAAUCUGCUGUGGUUUCACACCCAGAGUCUGUUUCCAUUCUCUACGUCUGUUUCUGGAUUCCUACAAACUUCUCAGUCUUCCCUAAAUCAUCUAGAGUUUUAUAGAGAGGUCAGGGAAAUGUGAACCAGGAAAAGACGAAGCUGCUGACGUUAAAGUGGACCUCCUGAGAAGCUUCAGGUUCAGCAGGUCAGUUCAGGAUUUUCCCACAGAAGAAACCUUCAUCAAUCUGCUUUUUUGAAGCAAGACUGACAUAAAAGUUUCCUUUGAGAGUCGAGACGAGCAGGAACUGGUGUGCGUUUGUCGGCGAGCGAGCGCUGGAGCUCUGUGGAACAGAGAAAUGCAUCGUCAGGCCUCCGUGUUCAUCUCACGGCUGUCAGCAGCUCAUGGACAGGCUGGGGAAGCGGCAGAUCCACAGGCAGAGGCGGAGGACAGUCAGCCCUCUGAGGUGGCACUGCUGUCCAGGAUUCAAGGGCGAGAACUGCAGCGUCUCAGAUGAAGACGCUCGUUUGGACUCUGGAUUAUCUGAACAACGAAGAACCAACUUCCACUCUGCAGGUGUGGAUGACCCCGCCACCCUCCCAAUUCCUCACUUUAUGACCCUGGUCCUGUCUCGUCUGGAACACCUCAACCAGCAGGUGGGGCGGCUGACCAGUGAGGUGGCCCAGCUGAAGAGCCGCCAGUUUGGGGCCAGCCGUGCAGAGGACCCCCUGGAGGGCCCCCAGAGUGAUGAGGGAGUAGAGGAGCGGCUGGACGCCAAGCUGGAUGAGGUGUUCCUGCAGAUCCAAGAGGUUCAGAGGCAGAUGGAGGAACAUCGCAGCGACAUGGAGAGCAAGCUGCACUCCCAGCAUGCAAUGCUUCAAUACAACCUCAGCAGCCUUAAGACGGACGUGGAUGUGAAGCUCAAGCAGCACCAGAAGAUGAUGCAGGUCAACCUGCAGGCCAUGAACACCACACUAUCCGAGCUGAGGUCAGAUCAGGACAGCAUCUAUGAGGAUGAGCCGGAGGAUCCGUCAUCUUUACCGUCUAACACUGCAGUGCUCUGGGAGGCCGUCACACAACUGGACAACAAGCUGCUCAACAACUCGAUUCAGGUCGACAGGCUGCUGGACAACAUGGAGGUGACCUCCGGCGGCGUGGAGCAGCUGACGGAGAACCUGAAGAGCCUCGAGCGAUUCAUCAACCAGACAGCACGGAGGAGCCAGGUUCUGUUCAUGGAGACAGGCCUGGAGAUGGAGGCGUCCAAGUUGUCGGUGCAGGGACAGGUGGAGGAGCUGGGGAGGAACCUGACGCUGCUGGAGGAGCACAUGCGCCGCACAGACAAAGACGUGGACUACCUGUACUUGCUCUCCUACAAGCACAACUUGUCCAAAAACUGCGACUGCAAGGAACUGGAAGCCACCGUGGAUCACCUGGAGAGGGUCGUGGCCAAUGUGAGCGUAGUAGCCAAAGACAAUAGUGUUGCAUUAGAGGAGCAAAGUGAGCGAUGGUUGGAGCAAUGGGGCGGAGCCAGCGACUGGGAACCAGCAGUAAAGGCGCUGCAGCACGGCCUCCAGCAGGUGAAGGAGAUGCUGGCCUCGGGGCAGAGUAGAACCAGCACUCUGGACCUGAACCUGACCCGGCUGGCCGGCUCGCUGGCAGCUCUGCGAGAGGCCGAUGUGGAGCUGGAGAACAAGACGGCGGACCUCCUCGACUUCUUCUACUCCCUCCAGGGGGAUGUGGUCAGGCACAACGACGUGAUGCAGCAGCUGCUGGGGGAGGAGGUCCUGGAGUUUGUGGAGAGGCCCCUCCAGGACCAGGAGGCCCACUCCAUCCUAGCCCUGAAGGAGGAGCUCAGAGUCCUGCAGGAGCAGCUGAUGAGCCAUGAAGAACUGAGGACAGGAGGCAGAGAGGAGGUGCCGUCUGCUGACCAGCCCUCCGUCUUCCACCCCCUCCCGGACUGGCAUCCCGCUGGCUCCAGGAGAAAAGGCGGAGCAGAUCCGGUGCGGGAGCAGCAGCUCCUCCUCCACGCCGGGGACGGCGGCGACCUGUGGAAGCUCGAGAAGAAGGUGGAGAAGCUGCAGCAGCGGCUGGUCCGGGCGGAGGAAAGAGCCCACACCUGCAGCAGCGAUGGGGGGGCGCCGCCCACCGGCACGAUCUGUGCGGAGCUGAUGUGGAUGAAGAGGGGGCUGCAGGAACACCUCAGGCUGUUCAAGAACGUCUUCAUCAACGCAGACGUGCUGCUGAAGGCCAACGCCACGCUGGAGCUCGACAAGCUGUGGGAGCUGAUGAAGAGGAGGGGAGGGGGCAGAAAGGGGGUGGGAGGCCGCAGCAGGAGGGAGGUGUCAGAGUCAGAACAGGUGUUCCUCUCAGGUGCACCUGUACCGGCCCGCUCUCCGCUCUUCAUCGCCGGAUCUCCCCUCAGGAUCUCAGACGGGUCCGUGACCUUCCAGCCGUCUCUGAACCGGGGUCAGGUCUACUCUCAAACCGGAACCUUCAGGGCUCCAGUGGGCGGGGUCUACCUGUUCCUUCUCACCCUGCACCUGACGUCAGGCCCCGCCCACGUGUAUCUGAGGAGGGGGGAGACUGAGGAGGGAACCCCACUGUCUCUACGGAGGGAAGCGGUAAUGGAGGCGGGGCUCGUCACCGGAGCGGGUCUCCUCUGGCUGAGGGAGGGGCAGGAGGUGCGGCUGGACGUGAGGCCAGGGGAGUGGGUGGAGUCAAAGGACAACCUGUUUGCUGGGCUGCUGCUGCAUCAAAGCACCUGAAGGCGGAGCACGGGGGCGGGGGUUGGAAGAUGAUGGUCGGGGCUCUUCCGCUGUGCACCUUAGAGAGCAGAUGAGGAGGUGAAGAAUCGAACCCACACCACCCGGGACAGAAACUGAAAACAAGAGGGAGCGCCUCGUUUUCUGGACGGAGUCAGGAGAACCGGAACUGAUCCGGUUCUGGAGGGAAGAACAUUUAGAACCCAGAGAUUUUAUUGACUAUUUGAAGAGUAGAUGUGAAAAUGAAACUACCCUGUUGAAAUAUUUAUGUUUGUCUUUUUUAGUUGACUAUAUUUACUUUAAUAAAGACUCUGUUCGCUGUUGGAAAUCA